CAAACAUCAUGUGGGGAUAUAUUUCGGGGGCAAGCUGAGAUUGUUCUUGUACGCUCGAGUCUUCGCGGCAAGACUUGAACUCGCAUACAGGGACGGUUUGAAGGCCUUACAAACAACUACACCACAAAAGUGUGAUGCUUUACUCCUAAAUCUGUACCUGUUUUAUAAGUACAGUCCACUGAAUAGAGCAAAUUUGCAGGCUGCCUUCACAAGUUUAGGAAUGAAGAUGAAAGUUCCAACACGAGUAGGUGGAACAAGGUGGUUGGCGCAUACUAAAAGGACCAUUGAUCAUGUUUUGUUUGGUUUGCCUGCAAUAUCCCUGCAUCUUGAACAGAUUCAGAAUCCAGGAGAUGCAGCUCAUAGAAAAGACUCAGCUGCAAAGGGCAAACAUUUUCUGAAGUUGCUGAAGGACAGAAACCUUACUUUCUGGCUGUACUCCCAGAUGGAUAUUGUGUCCGCACUAGUACAGGUGUCAGAAGCUAUACAACAGAUUGAAGAACAUUUCGCUUGGAGAUGUUUUGAAUGAACUUGAGUCUGUAAAAUGUAUCCUGACAAAGUACAAAACAAGGUAAUCCUGAUACUUGUAACACACUUCUGUAAUGCUGCAGUAAAACAACAUAUCCUUACCUGCUUUGUAUGUUAGUUCUACUAGUUAGUUUUACUUUACAUAUAGUGCUACAAUUUACUGUAGACAGCUUACACUAAUCUUUUCAGGACAUCAUCAUAAACAUAGGUUUGGUAACUAUGUAGCCGAUAGCAAUUACUUUAUCUAAAUUUAUAUUAACACUGGAAUGUUUUUGAGGGUGUCCUCUGUCUGUGAUCUUCUUUUUCCUCUGCUGUUUACUAGCCAUCUAUUCAAUUUCUUUUUCUUGUUUGCUUGCAUGUUUAACACUUUAAAUGUACAAUGUAAUGAUAAUAUAUUCAUCUACUUAAUCAGUCCUGGAACAUACUUGAGGAAGUGGUAUAAGCUAGAUGAUACUCAAGAGCCAGCCUUGGAAUAUAGCAGACAGCAGUUCCUACAAGCCAUUAUAAGUGAU